AUGAGGAAGAAGAAGCGACCGAAGACAAAGAGGGUGCUGGAAGCAGAUGAUCCCAAAAAUGCACAAUCAAGUCUAGAAAACACUAUUGUUGCCGAUACACCGCUAACCCAAACGACUCCACCAGCUUCUGCGGUCGCUUCAGUGGUUGCAUCAACGAUACCAUUUUUUGGAGCCGGCUCAUCUCCAACUUCGAUGACGACAAGCGCCGAAUUGGGAGAGUUGGUUUCCGCGUGCCGAUUUGCACCCAACAUCACCGGGUUCGAAAGCAUCAGUGUUUCGAUUGAACGGAUCAAGAAAGAGAUUGACAAAUUCGAGACCACGCAAGGCUUCUUCGACGAGUUUGUCAACGAAGUUAAGGACAAGUCGGAAAAGUUCCAC